AAUUAUUAUAUCCUAUCUAAAUACUAAAAAGGAUUUAAAAAUUUAAAUGGUUUUCAUUAAAAUGAUUUAAUCGAACAUUCCUAUAAACGUGUUCUGUUCAACAUAAACAUAACCUCAAAGCAAGAAGUAACUUUCUUAAACUGCUAGAUAAGUGAUUAAAAUGGUACUAACACAAGGUCAAGUAAAUGAAAUUUUAAAAUUAAUUAGUCACCACGAUUCUAAUCGACAAGAUGUAAUAUCUUUAUUAUUAAAUGAUCCCAUAACUGCAAAUUUUGUUAUAAGUUACAUACGAAAUGGGUUGAAUACGGUUCUACAAUACGAAAGCACCCUUAAUUUAUUGUCUGGAAUGGUGAUGAGCUUUUCUAAAGAUAUACUAAGCGAUCAUUUAAUGAAUUUUAUUGAAAAGGUUAUUGGCAAUCGCAAAGAUUCUUAUGCAAAAUUUCAAUUUUUAGAAAGAUCUUUAAGAUGUGUGAGUAUUUACGAUGUGGUUAACAAACAAACAAUAGGUGUUACGAUAGGCAAAAUCAUUGAAAAAUGUGUUUCGAUUGAAAUGAAUUCAAGUUUAGAAUUAGACGCGUUGUCUUGUUUACAAGCGUGUUUAGAAUUUUAUCCAGGAAAUUGUCUCCCGCAUAAGAAUAAACUGGAAAAUCACAUUGUGGGUUAUUUAAAGUAUGAAAAACAAAAUCAAUUUGUAAUCGAAAAAGCUGGAAAGUGCUUUCAUUAUUUACAACAGUGUGGCCCCACAAAGAAUCACACUCAAAAUUGGAGCAACGCUUUCGUUAAAAUCAUUUCAACCAUAAAAGAAUUAUUAAAGUGUUUAGACAACAAUCAAUAUAAAUUUAAUGAAAGUAAUGAUUUUUUUUCGUUAAAUGUGGAUAGUGAAACGAAUACUAAGCUUUUUCUUCUCGAAUGUCGAUUGGAAAAUUUAAUUCAUUUUGCAACUGCUUUGAUACGAUACAAAUUUAAUUCUCCGAAAGCUCUUAAACCAGAUUUAUUUUUAAAUCUUUUGAGCUCUCGGGUUAACAACGACCUCAUAAAUGAAUCAACUACAAUUGAAUCGUGUCUUACAAACAGUAUAAGGGGACGUGUUGAAAUGCAAUUAUUUAAAUUAUUUCGAUUAUUUCUGAAAAUGUUAGGGGUCAUUUUGAUUCCAUAUUCAUAUAAAAUAACUAAAAUUCUCUUGGAUAAAUUAAGCGAAACGGAAAAUAUUGAUUAUAAAAAGAUUCUUUAUGAAGUAAUCGGAUAUUUUGUGAGUGUGUUAAAAAGUAACGUGAAUUCAACAUAUCAUAAAAGAUUGGUUGAAUUAAUUUUGGUAGAUGUUAAACCGAUUGUUAGUAAUGUUACUUUAAAUGUUUCGAAAAAACCAUCAAAAGUUCGACAAGAAAUUACUGUACAGCAUACUAUAGUUUCCAUUGGAAAUGAUUUGAUAUCAAAAGAGGAAGUUUGUAUUUCUGCUUUAAAUUGCUUAAAAAUGGUUUUGACCCAUUUAAAUUUGAAUAUAAAGCAGAAUUAUCUAAAACAGAUGUAUAAUAUGAUUUGUAAUACCUUACGUUCAAUUCAAAAUGGAAUUGAUACUCCUCCAUAUAUCUCAAAAAAAUCAAUUGGGAAAUUAUAUGAAGUUAUUGUUGCUAGUUUGGAGCAAAAACAUCCCCCUUCUUUACCUGUUAUUAUUAAGUUAUUAAAAACGGGUUUAUCAACUGGGAAUGAUGAUAUAUCAUGUAUUUGUACAGUCGGUUUAAUGACAAUUGAGAAAAUUUGCCAACCAAUUCGGCCGUUAGUUUAUUCUUGUAAUAGAGUUGAAAAUUAUGCAAGAAUGAAUAACCAAGACCAACAAGAUAGUAUGGAUACUAGUGCGGAAAUGGUCGAUUUAGACAUUGAAAUCAAAAGUGGGGAUACGAGUGGCAACAUUACAUUAUCUUCUAUUGAAUGUAAGUCAAAUAUAAACGAAGAAAGUCCGAAACGUGAACCACAAGAUUUAAAUGAUGAAGAGAUGACGGAAUUAGAUAACAACACAGGUGUAAAUGGAAAAUUAAAUGUUGAAGCAAGGGUUGAUGUAACAAGAAUAAGAGAAGAUGGUUAUACGUUAUUAGAAAUGUUAGGUUCUUUUAAAGAUAGUUAAAUGAAACGACUAAAUAAAUCUUUUUACUUUC